AUGUCUUUUCUUCGAUUGAUCGCAAUUGCCAACAUUUUUUGGUACAAUGUACAAAACCACGCCAUAUCUGGAAUGAACAAAAAUGGCCAUACUUGGUUCUCGAUAGGCACAAAUGAAGCUUUCUCGCAUUUUAUCCAACAUAAGAACCAUGUCCUUGAGGUGGAGAAAAUAAGUUCUUUUCUGGUUGGCUUCGUAACGGAGUGCGCUUUGAGGUGUACAACUCAUGUUUUGUGUUUGUCAUUUAACAUUAAGGAAGAUAACACAGAAAACAGCAGACAAAUUACAUGCGAGCUUCUGCCAACGGACUUGUACAACGCGUCACGGAAACUUCAAAAAAGCCGAGAAGACUUUCACCACUGGAGUGCAAUAACUCCUUGCCUGCAUUUUCCAUGCAAAAACGGUGGAACGUGUGUUCCUGAUUACAGCCAAGGACUGUAUGUAUGUCGUUGUCCCAUCGGUUACCAUGGAAAAAAUUGCCAGCUGUUACAAAAAGUUGCGGGCCUGGGAAAAUACAUUAGUGAACCAGGACUAUCAUGCAAGGAUAUCGCAGACAGGCACGUUUACUCACAGGGGAAUGGUGAGUACUGGAUUGCACCUGAUGGCUCUAAAAACUCAUUCAUAGCUUAUUGCGACAUGGCAACUGACGGAGGGGUGAUUCAAAACCGGAGAAACAACAAAAAGUUCAUAUCUUUUAAUUUUCUAGGUGGAUGGACCUUGCUGAAACGCUUUACUAUUCCACAGAACCUCACGGAAUUCUGGACAAAGACCCCUGAGUAUGUCACAAGUUACAGUUCUAUUUCAAACUAUGAGGAUAAUUUCCUGUUCGUUUCGAUUAGAGCCAUCGAAGAACUAAGACAAGCAGUCAACAUCACACAGUUGAGAUUUUACUGUUUCAAGAAGGAGCAAGGUAGCCUUGUUCACGUGAUGACAAAAAACAACUCCGCUGGCUACCGCGUACUUGAUUAUUUCUUGGUUAAAGCGAACACUCGCACUGCGGCGUGCGGUUCGUUCGUCACACUCCCGGAUGACAACUCAACGCUGUCACAGAACUGCGCUAGAUGGGGACACAACGGCGAAUACGCCGAGGUCAACGAGUGGGGCCAUUAUUCCCAUAAUGGUGAGUGGAGGCUCUAUCGUGAAGCCAUCCGUUGGAUUGGACAGAGAUCGUUUUCUUUAAGUCCUUUUAAGCAGUUUUGGUGUGAUGACGAAGCUAAUCAGAACCCAGUCUCACCGGGCGACACUUGGGAGAUCUAUGCUCGUUAGGUUAAGAGACUGCUGAAGACUGCAGAACAACGUUAGAGAAAGACCUGUGAGUGGAAACUCUACGAACCUGUACGUGAUUGACCAGCCCAGCCAACAGACAUCCCUCUCUUAGUUAAUCAGUAGAAAAAAAAAAAAUAGUUUAUGAUUCUUAAAGUGAUAGCUGUCAUAAGUCAAACGUAUCAGGAAUCAGUUCAGAAAAUAGUCCGUCGUUAACACUAAAAUUAACUAAAACAGUUGCGUACGAGCCAAGUGGCCCGUCAGACCGGAGCUUAUCCCGGUUUCUGGCUGUAGCAUGAAGCGACUGGGAAUAUUUCUACUACCCUCUGGUUGGGAUGCUAGUCCAGCGAAGUUUUACCCCCUUUAAAUUCGCCUUUACCCAUUUAUAAACCAGGGUGGAGAGAGGCACUGUGAGAGUAAAGUGUGAAGACAUGAUUGAUCAUCGCAGUUAAAUCUCAUUGGUUCUGUGAUUUGUUGCUUGUAUUCGUUGAUAGACACGACGGUGUGCACUGGGAUUCAAUGCUCUAAAGGAAGUCAUUCUAUAUUUUUAGCUUGUAAAUACGUAAAGUUAUGUAGGUUUUGGGACUACAGCCCUUUAUAGUGUCCAAUAAAACAGUUAGACGAUUCGCCCUCUUUCUCUAGGAGCGAUGUACUUUCUUUGAAAUAGCGUCGCUGUCUAUUUCAUUUCAAAAAAUUUUUAGCGAAAACUGUAGCUGCUUGUUAACAGAGGCUUAUGCAAAAAUAAAACAUUCAUCCCAUUAAUUAGUCGGCGUAUAAUAAAACCAAAAUGUAAAAAAGGCUUUCCUCGACAUAAUGAUGCUAAGCUUCAUGUAGAUAUAAGCUUAAUAAACGAUAUUUGUCAUGCAAUGUUCAUACAAUCUUUUGGUGAAUUUUUCAUUUUUUUAAAGCUGCUACCUAUGUUACAUCUAUUUCAUUUCGGUUGCCUCCCAUGCCAGUCCACCCAUAAAAUAGUUAGAAUGGUGUAAAAAAUGACAGAUUAUUA